ACACACAUGCAUACACACCACCCUUUCCGGUUAGCUUCCAGAGGCUUCAUGUUCCACAUUUAGCUAGCUGCCUGUCUUUUUAUAUACUACAUUGUGAAACUUACUGUUGUGUUUAUAUAAGUAAAUACAAACAUGGCAGAGGCCAUUCAAAAGAAACUGAAAGCUGAGUUAGAAAAAUAUACACAGAUGCAAAAAGAUGUCAGCAAGAGCAUGUCAGCUCGACAGAAGCUGGAGACGCAGCUGACAGAAAACAACAUCGUCAAAGAGGAGCUAGAUCUACUAGACAGUGCAAACACAGUCUACAAACUCAUUGGUCCUGUUUUGGUGAAACAAGACUUGGAUGAGGCCAAAGCUACUGUGACGAAAAGGCUGGAAUACAUCAACGGAGAGAUCCAGCGGUACGAGACACUUCUGAAAGACAUGGAGAAGAAAUCAGAACAGCACCGAGAGCUUUUGUCCAGUUUACAGCAGGAGUUUCAGAAAGCUCAAGGCCUCGCUGUGGGGAAAGUCUGAGUGAAGAACUUCAGCGCGCGCACACACACACACACACACACCACAAAGUUCACUUGUAGGAGUCCAUGCCAAUUAAAUGUGCUUAUACAUGCAUUUGCAACUUUACAUCUGUUGUUUUUUUAUCUUUUAUAGAAUAUUUUGCUUUUUGACUACCACAGUAUCAUUAAAAGACUUGGUCAUGGUUAAUUAUGUUCAUUGGACACAACCCAUAGUCAUAGAUAGAUUGUAGUCCUGUGAGAAGCACUGGCUAAACCGUAUAAAGUAAUGCAUGGCGACACAUGGUCACUAAACUACAGCAGUUGUGUUCAAAGUGCAGCUCCUUAUUGGCCAUUAUAUAUUGUAAAAUACAUUAUUAA